AUAAAGCUGCAAAUAGUAGAGCUGAAAUUAUUAGAAGUGAAAUAGGAAGUAUCAAAAAAACAUGUGAUAAAAAUAUAAAAAAUAAUAAAUACUGUGAAUUCUAUAAUGAAAAGUCUUGCCAUGAUGAAUAUCUUGCUCAUGAUUGUGAAUUGGUGAUAGAGAUUGAAGGAAUCAAAGAGAUA